GCGGUCAACUACAUGUUGGUAGGUCCUGUAAUACUCUUACAUGCAAAAAAAUAUUACAUAGCGUAACAGAAGAAGAUAUUAUAUCACCGAUCUUGAUGUUUUAAACAGAGAAACGCGAUAGGGCUAUUGCAACGGAAAACAAGUAACGUUAGCUCAGCUAGAAUGCAAUGGUGUAUUCUGCAUGAUUGGGAUCUUAUUGUUUCACUUGCACAGUUUAAGUGCAAACAAUAAAUGACGUGAAUUUCUUUAGAGAUUGUUCUGUAUUGCAUAUUAUUACAAUGAUGGUGUUAAUAGAGUAUUUCAUUCAGCUUGUUGCUGUUGCUUGUGUUAAUCGUUCAUUGGGUAUUGAUCUGUCUGAUUGCAGAACAGCUAAAAUUGCCAUGAAGGGACUUUACUGCAAACCAGGAGACCAGGGUGAUGUGAAGUUUGUCUCACAGGAGACGAAUGUACCCACUAACAUUGGCGACCAUCAGGUCAAAGUUCAAGUGAAAAGCUGUGCACUAAGUCCAGUUGAUUUUAAGCUGUAUGAGGACCUCAAGCUUGAGAAAGAACAUGUCCCAGUUGGAAGGGAGAUUGCUGGGGUUGUUCUUCAAGGUUUACAUGGCGUGUUGUAUAUUUGACACCAUUACCAUUUCAAAUCUAAUCAAAUCAGUUUGACUGAUAAAUCUGAUGUGAUGCAUAUCCUUCUCCAGUUGGACCCAAAGUUACCUUUUUCCAGCCAGAUGAUGAGGU